UCUGUCAAUCACAUUCACGGUGAACUUACAAGAGUGAAAUUAAGAAAUUUAUUCCGUUUUUUUCUUUUUUCUUUUUUUUUUCUCCAUUCGUUUCUCGUAGUAUACACAGCAGUUAGAUAUAUAUUUAAAUUUUAUGAGUCACUGUUUUGGCUCUGAUUAUAAAACCUUAGAAAUCAAUCAAUACAAUAUAAAACAUUCAUACUUAGACAUGUUUAAACUGUCAGCAUCACGCAUGUCUAAUUAUAGGGACAUGUAGGAGGACAGUAAUAUCCUAAAGCUGUGUAGGAGAGUCUUUAAAGUAUUGUUUGGAUUGAGUGGGAGCUAAUAAUGCCAUGACGGUACUUAAGGAGGCUGUUCUUCAGAGGGAGCUGCUCUCAGUCUGCGCUCCUCCACACACAUGUGAUGUGUUCCUGUUUUUCCCAAGCAGGUCCUUCUUUUUUUUCUUGUGCAUUUACAAGAUGUGUGCUUGUGGAGUAUCUGGGAUGUUUUUGACUUUUACUUUCCUGUUGCAUUUUCUGUGUGUUCACUCAAUAAAUCCUCUGUUUCCAAACGCAUCCAAAGGGAUGAAAGUGUCCAGGUCUGCGGCUGCUGAUGGACACAGAAGAGCCAAACACGGCAAAAGUAUAUUGUCAGCAUCACCGUUAUCUGGAGACAUACAGUCACAGCGGGCGAUCAAGGACACAAUUGAACCUCAUGAUUACAUGAUCUCCAUCUACAAGACCUUUUCCGCGGCUGAAAAACUGGGACUGAACGCGAGCUUUUUCCGCUCGUCAAAAGCCGCAAACACUAUAACGAGUUUUGUGGACGAGGGUCAAGAUGACCUUUUGAACUCCCCACUGUGGAGACAGAAAUACUUAUUCGAUGUAUCCACACUUUCUGAAAACGUGGAGCUCUUGGGUGCUGAACUGAGGAUAUACACAAAGAUCUCCGGAACGUUCCGAGCAUCAGAGACGGGCCCAGUGGAGAUACAGCUGCUUUCCUGUCAGUCGCACACUGUGCUUGACUCCAAAACCUUGGAUCUGGAGGAUGCACAUAAACCAAAAUGGGAGGUUUUCGACGUAUGGGAGACUUUUAAGGAACGUCAGCACCACUCUCACGGGACCCGCUUCUGUUUGGAGCUCAAGGCGAUGCUAGAUAAUCCUGAGAGGGAAAUUGACUUGCAAUAUCUUGGAUUUCACAGACAUGGCCGUCCGCAACUGAAGAAAGCCAUACUGGUUGUUUUCACAAGGUCAAAAAAGAGACAAAGCAUUUUUUAUGAAAAGAGGGAGAAGAUUAAACUGUGGGGUCUGAAGGAAAGAGGACCUCACGUGAAAUCCCGACGGAGUAGACGGACCGCUCUACCCAACCGCCAUGGCAAGAGGCACGGCAAAAAGUCCAAAUCUAGGUGCAGCAAAAAGCCCUUGCAUGUGAAUUUCAGGGAGCUGGGUUGGGAUGACUGGAUUAUUGCUCCCUUAGACUAUGAGGCGUAUCACUGUGAGGGCAUGUGUGACUUCCCCCUUCGAUCCCACCUGGAGCCAACCAAUCAUGCCAUCAUACAAACUCUAAUGAACUCCAUGAACCCCAGCAACAUGCCGCCCAGCUGUUGCGUCCCCUCCAAACUCAGUCCCAUCAGCAUCCUGUACAUUGAUGCAGGAAAUAACGUUGUAUACAAGCAGUAUGAAGACAUGGUGGUGGAGUCCUGCGGCUGCAGGUGAAUGUGCUGUUCAAACUAAUGAGGGAAUGUAAAUAAAAGUGUCUGACUUUCUCAUGUGUCUUCAACACUACUGGAAGCCUUAGCUGAAAUUAUAUACUGUAAUCACAGCUGUUGGCUAACUCUUAUCUGGAAUUAUGACUCUGGACUGGAAUACAAGCACAAAAAGAGAAGAAGAACAAAGACAAAUCUUCCACAUUGUACUGGUUAUUCUGCUACUGUACAUGAAAACAUUACUUAUUUCACUUAACUGGGCAUUUACUUCAAAUUGUGUGGACUUGACAGCUUUAUUCCUGCUUUAAAUAGCUGUAUUUUAUGGAUUUAUAUGUAAAUAAAUGAUUUCUUAAAAUUGUACAGGUACUAAUUUUAAUUUAAGUUAAUAUUCUCUUUAAGUGCUAUCAUUUAUUCAGUAAUAUUUUACACAUCUAAUAAGCUAUUUUAGUUAUUGUAUCUAUCUACCUCAUUGUUCAAAUUAUUGUGUAAAUGUCUUCCUUUGAGGGAUUAACAUCAUAAAAGGGUGUGUAAAUAUUUCAUAAAAGAUGUGAACCACAUUAUUCCUCCAAUAAAAUA